AUGAGUAACGGUAACGAUGAGAGCAGUAGACGUGCUGAUGAGGAGCAGCAGGUGGAGGAAGGGGAAGGUGAGCCCACGGUGCAGUUGAACAGGGGCGGAAAGGUCAAAGAGGUGCCCCUGUCGCGGUUCAGGAACCCACAUGCGGUGUCCUUCGGAAGAAACUUCCAACAGCAGUUGAGACCGCAGCCAAUUAACGGAUCCCAGCAGAACAACGAACAGGGGGACAACGGGCUGCUGCAGAACAAAGGGCACCGACCAUCGCAGUGA